CAUGCAGCAGCUUGACGAGUUCCGGUGCCCCCAUGCGCUGAGGUCGUCAGCAAAGAUCACUUUUUUGAAGGCAGGGGAGGUCUCCCGGACAGAGCAGAGCAGAGGCCAGCACAUGCGAUGCGAUCCGCGCUCAUUUCUCGCCGUCUCCUCCGCGUCCGCAGCCGCCCAGCCAAUUCACAGCCCCCACUUCCCCAGCCGGUAUAAAUUCCCCACCCCUCUCGUUGCCCUCCUCCCCACCUCCAAUCCCAAUUCCGAAGCUCCAAGCGCAGCAAGCAGAGUAGAAACCAAAGCCAUCUCAGCUCACAACUGAAAGAGAAACAGAGGAGCAGCCAUGGGCAAGGUGCAUCCCAACGCCGUCGCGCCAGAGCCCGCCACAACCACCGUCAGACGAUCGGCCGAGGAGGAGGCGCCGGCGGUGCUGACGGUGUGGCGCAAGUCCCUGCUCUUCAACUGCGACGGCUUCACCGUCUUCGACGCCAAGGGCGACCUCGCCUUCCGCGUCGACUGCUAUGGCUCCAGCCGCCGCCGCGCCGAGGUCGUCCUCAUGGACGUCGCGGGGAAGCCGCUCCUCACCGUCCGCCGCAAGAGGCUCAGCCUCCUCGGGGAGCACUGGGUCAUCUACGACGGCGACGCCGCCGACGCAGCAGCAGGCAAAGCCAAGCCGCUCCUCUCCGUCCGGCGCCACGUCAGCCUCAAAGCUUCCAGCAAGACGCUAGCGCACGUCACGCCCAUGGCCUCUGCUGCUACCUCCGCGGCGUUCGUGGUGGAGGGCUCGUACGGGCGGCGUGCCUGCGCGGUGCGCGACGCGCGCGGGGACGCGGUGGCGGAGGUGCGCCGGAAGGAGUCGGUGGGCGACGACGUGUUCCGGCUGGUGGCGGACCCCCGCCUGGGCGCGCCGCUGGCCAUGGGGCUCGUCAUCGCCCUCGACGAGAUGUUCGCCGGCGGCCGUGGCUCGGCGCGGUCCCUGCUGCGCAGGACAUGGUCGGCGUAGCUAGCUACUAGAAACGCCGACGCCAAUGGUUGGCCAGGGCCACUUCUCCAUCUGACGCAAUAUGUACAGACCCGAUCGAUUGUUAGCGGCAUGCAGCAGAGUUUUAGCGUGCUGGCUGCUAGUACUGCGGAGGGCCUAUAGCUAUAGCUAGUGUGCCACAUCACAUCCAUUCAUCGGUUAGCUACUUUUGUUUUUGCUUCGUCGUUCUUCCGAAGUAAACUCAAAAGUGGUGACAAGAAUGCGAUGAACUGAAGAAGGUGAAAGAAGCAAGAAGAAGAACAGUGCCAGUGAACGGGAGAGGUGAAGUACAAAAUCUCUGGAUUGUUGAAUUGAGAUCUCUCGAAGGAGACUCUGGAGAAUUAAUGGUAGACUGAAAUAAAUAGUUAACUUGUUCCAGACUACA